AGGCUUCGCGUGGCCUGAGCGGAGCGGAGCGGAGCAGAUGAGCAGUCGUGCGGUGGAGCAGCACCAAGGGCCACACCAUGGCAGGCAAGCUCGCCUCGACGGGCGUCAAGAUACACAUGUGCUGAGCUUCUGGUAGUAGCGACCAGGUGAGGCUGGCUGAUGGUGUUGACCGACUGAGUCACACCUCUGUUGCGACCUGCGUGUCUGAUACAGCGUCCCGUCCGAGUCUUGCACGCAGCUGGACGCACCACCUCGCUCGGCACCUCUUUCCGUCUCGGCAGGCCUUGUGGAGCCGCAUCUGUCUCUACUGUUGUCUCGUCCAUCCACCCUACACUCCUCACAAUUCACUCAGGAUGUCACAACAACCGCAAGCACUAUCAGAAGGGGAGCAGGCGGCCCUGGUAGAACAGACACAGCCGACCGAGACGGAGGUGGCAGAACUGCAGACGGGCACUACUGCCAUCAGCCGGGCUCAGCCAGGCAUGGAGCCCUCGCCAUCGCAGCUCGAUUCCCGCUUCGACCGGGACGAUCUGCGACAGGGCAAGCCUCCCCCUGCAGUCCGCCAAGGCGGUAUCCUCUCGAGCGUCGCUGGUGGUCCCCAUCACCUAGGCAAGGGCCUGAGGAAGAUGAGGAAGAUCAAAGUCCGUCGGCCGAGGCUGGGAGGCAACAAGAAGAGGGAGGAGCUGACUGAAGAGGACAUGACCGACGAGGAGAUUGAGGUGGGAGAGGAGGAAGAGGCGGAGGAGGGAGGCGUGGAGGAGAUGCCUGCUAAGACAAAGCCCACCGCUGAGGGACGUGAUGGGAAGGAGAAGAAGGGAGUGUUGGGGAAGAUCCUCCAUCAACACUAGACACUAGAGAAUAGAAAUCAAUACCGGAAUCGCAGCAGUUAUCACACAGUCC